AUGACAACUCCCGCUCUCAUGCCAACGCUGACAACGAAACCUCCAGACUCUGACACGAGCCAGCUACAGCAGUGUUCCAUGAGAGACUUCUUCAACGACGAAGUGGACAUCUCCAACCUCGAGAGAACGAACACAAAGGACACACCCUCAACCUCCAGACCGAGGCGAGCCGCAGCGGGCCUCAAGAAGUCAGCUAAACAGGCGACACCGCUCAGACGGAGUGACAAUCGAACAAGCCCUUCAAUUCAAACAAGCCGUACAGCAAGCUUGAGAAACGCACCUCGGAAGGAUUCCAACGAGGAACCUAAAAGCAAAACUGGUUCAGAACCUAGGGUGAUUGUGGUGCGUUACCACGAUACCAGCACGCAGGCGAGCCUGGUGCCAGAAAAUCGUAAUCACGCGCCCACCACUAGUUCCCAAUCUACUUCAAAUGCCAACGGUCAACACAGACAUGUGGACAAAGAUUCAGAUACCAGAGAGGUAUCUUUAUAUGUUGAUAAGGCCCAGGCUUGCCCCAUCAGCGAGCCGAUGUUGGAAUCCAGUACUCAGACUCACGUCGUUGUCCAAGACGCAGGUAGCUGCUGCAAUAUCCGCCGUGUGCAUGACCAGGACCAGCAGACCAUAUUGUCAGGUAAACAACUCGAUGCCCGUCUUGAAACGCAAUCUUCAGUUCAAAAAGGCAUCCAGACAGCAGAAUACAGAUUGGAAGACAUUUGUAUCGCUUGUAGGGCCUGCCCACGAAUGGUCCAAGCUGGGGUGCAAACAUUAGUGCCCUGUUCGGAGGAGAUAGGAGAAAAUGACAUGAGGGAACCCCGAGCAUCGAACACCCGCGCAAAGACGAAACCUUUGUACACAAAUGCGCAGGCACAAACACUGCAUGAAGCCGCAAGCCAGGAUGGCGGUGUCCUUGCUGCAGGGUUGCUACUGAUUGACCAGGCCCGACACGUCAUGCACGACCAUGUCGACGAUGACCUUGACCGGCUUGAGAGAGGGGAGAAAAUUGACGCAGAGAAAUCGAUAACGCAGAUGCUGCGGAAUGUGGAGAGUCUGGCACAGGAAGCUAUUGAUAGCCAUGGUUCGCUACUGCUUCGUUUGCCCUUUGACCAGAUGACGAUUGACUACAUCAAGACACGCACAGUCGAUUUGCCGGGGCUGGCAUACUGAAUCAAGUGUCUUAGGGCUCAUUGAGGAACCAUGUGGCAAGAAAAAAGGUUGAAGACUGAGAGAUACCAUUGAUAAACUGCUCAUUUUAAUCGAUGCCCC